AUGAAGUGGAAGAAUGCAGAUCGCAUACGGCUGAUCUACCUUGCCUUCAUUCUUUGUGUCGUUUUAGCAAGAGAUGAGAAGCAUAAUAUCCCUCUCAAAUACAUCAAGGUGGUCAUGGAUCUUGAGAAGGUUAGAAAGUAUCCUUGGGGAGUUGCUUCUUAUGAUCUUCUCUGCGAGUCAAUAGCCAAGAACCGCUACAAACUGAAGGAGAAGACAAGUAGUUAUGUCUUAGAUGGAUUCUCCUACGCCUUGCAGAUUUGGGCAAUGGAAGUUGUACCAAAGAUUGGAAAGCUUUGUGGUAAAAAACUGUACAAAGCUUUUGCGGAUGGUCCUAGAUGCAUCAACUGGAUGGGAGCUGGAAAGGUGUCAUAUCAAGAGAUCAAUCGGUUGGAGGAGAUUUUUACAGCCGAGGAUGACAUGUAUCCAUUCAUCUCAUGGACAGGGAAUAUGGAUAUUAUCCAGAGUGUUGAUUUCCGCAGAGAUGAUGUGGAGGAUGAAAGAAUCAAGGGUCUGAUGGAGCUGAUUUCCGCAAAGAAUGACUUCACUCAGCAUGUUUGGGAUUUCGAAGAAGCUGUAGAGGAAUCUCUAGAUCAGCCUGAUGAAGCAAAUGUGAAUGGUGAAGAGGGAGUGAAUGAUGAAGCAGCUGAGACAGAUGAGAGUGAUGAAACUUUUCAGACUCCAAGAGGAUCAACGAACCUAGGCGAUACAUCAAAGAAGAGUAAGAAAAGGCUUCCAGAUCGUGGUAUGGAAAGAAGGAAGCAUAAGGUUCUCAAUGGUGGAUCGAAGCAACCAUCUUUUAAUGAAGACAUGAAGGCUUUUAUGGCGCAGUUAUUUGAGCAGAGUAUCUCUGCAAUGGAGCAAAGGAUGGAGAAGAAGAUGGAUGAGAAAUUAUAG